AUGCGGUUGUGUUUUGCAGUGUGUCUGUUCGUCUGUUUGACCUUGUGUCCAGAUGUAUAUGGAUACCUCGGCGAUGAUAUGGCGGAAACCAUCCAGAUAUGCUGCAAUGAGGGUGCAGGGUAUGCAUGGAACCACACCCUCAGUGACUGUCAGGGCACGCUGACGGUUCCACCCGAGAUUCCAUCCGCCUUCGGAUCCAUGUGUCUCCUGGCGAAGGCACAAUGCUGCAGGGAAUAUUUUAAAAAGCAGAGUGAUUGUGAGACGGGUAUCGACAUAGCGACCAGCACCUACAGUUGUGACUCAACAAAAUCUAUAAGUAAGAUAUGCUGCAACGACUGUUCGAGAGGUACGACCGAGGGUUCCACGAAGGGCCCGGAGGCUUGCAAGGAGAGGAAACAUGGCAUGAGCGCCGAGGAAUUACUGGCUGAAGAUGCUUUCAUUACUUGUUGCAAGAAAGCGGCUAAAGACUGGAAAGGAGAUUCCACUUCGAGAAGUACAAAUUCUAUAACUCUAUCUACACUACCAUCAGUUUGCGAAGACUACGCUCCGAAUGAGCUAUGUGCUCACCAUUGCAUACCAGUACCAGGGUCUUAUAAAUGUGAGUGCAACCCUGGCUUCAUGCUGAUGGCUGAUGGAAGGAACUGCAAGGAGGUGAGUAAGAACAGGUGUAAGCCCCAUAAUCCCUGCCAGCAUAAGUGCAACGACAAUGGUGUGGAAGUGAAGUGCUCCUGCAGACGAGGAUACGAGCUGAUGCCCGAUGGAACCUCAUGUCAAGACAUAGACGAGUGUCAGCUGGACGUGCCAGUGUGUCUGGCAGGUACCCAGUGUCACAACCUUCAGGGAUCCUACAGGUGUAUCUUAGGCAACAAGAAUAAUGUCGAGAAGGGACAGUGUCCACCUGGAUUCGCCAGGAAUCUUAAAAAUAAUGUUUGUGAUGAUAUAAACGAGUGUCUUCUCCCAAACCCACCAUGCCCUACAUACGUAUGUGAGAACACAAUAGGAGGCUACAGUUGUGGUGGAGUUACUGGAAACCCCAUCAAUUUGAGCACAUCUCCCCGAACUCAUAUUGAGGAUCGAUGCCCACCAGGAUUUAAAGUUGGACUUCAUGAGGAGUGUGAAGAUGUAGACGAAUGUGCUCUCCGCAAAGACGACUGCAAUCCCCUGUCUCAGUUCUGUAUCAACACACACAGUUCCUUCUACUGCCAGGAUAAGGUCUCCAAGCAUUGUCCUCCAGGGUUCAAGUUGAAUCCCAAAACUAAUAAAUGCGAAGAUAUUGAUGAAUGCGAGGAGGGAGGUGUCAUCUGUGGACCUGAUCAAGUUUGCGUCAACCAAUUAGGAAGAUACGACUGCAAGGCUAAAGUUGAUCCUAGUAAAGCAAAAUGUCCGGAUGGCAUGAGAUUGAGUGCUACUAGUCAUCAUUGUGAAGAUAUCGAUGAGUGUGUAGAAGGGACCCAUAUUUGUGAUCAGUAUCAACAAUGUUUGAACACGAACGGCAGCUACGAAUGUUACUGCAAGUUGGGAUAUGAACUGGACAUCACUACCGGGGCUUGUGUUGAUGUGAACGAGUGCGCGACAGGCCAACACGACUGUAUCCCACAGGCUCAGCGGUGCGACAACACGGUCGGCUCCUACUUGUGUAUCAGGAUGACUUCUUGCGGCACUGGCUAUGUCCUCCAUCACUCUACUGGGAAGUGUGAAGAUAUCGACGAGUGUGCUCUAGGUACGGACAACUGUGGUCCAGACUACCAUUGCUUCAACCUUCGCGGAUCAUUCCGAUGUGUUCGCAAACGUACCACGACGACGUCUACUACAACUACACCUAUGCCAGAAUAUGAAUACGAGUACUAUGAUUCUGACGAAGAAACAGAUACCAACAACACGAAACCACAAGAACCAUCAACAACAACAACACAAACACCAAAACCAGAACCACCAACCACAUCUAGCACAACCACAGAAAAACCAAGAAUGGAAGAUAACAAUGUAGAACGACCUCCCUACAGCAUACCAGAUGUAUACAAGAACGAACCAAGUAGUCCUAAAUAUGAAACGAAACCCACGACACCAGAACCGCCACUAACAACCACAGAACCACCAACUACUCCAGAACCACCAACCACAGUCCAGCCACCAGAAACCAUACCGACAGACGAACCGAGACAACCAGAAGUGACUUUCAACCGUCCGACUCCACCAGAAUACAUUCCUGAAGCUGACUUACCGAAAUCAACGGAAGAACCACGUCGAGAGCCUGAACCUACUUAUCCACCAAGAGUAGAAGAACCGACUAAUGAAUCUGUACCAGUGGAACGAGAAACCACGUACAGACCUACUGAAGAACCACGGCAUACACCACCAUACCAAGUUGUCGUUAGCGUAGGCAAAGAGACAGCCACUCUCCCUGCAGAGAAGAAAGAUGAUGGGUCAGUAGUAAUAGACACACAACUACUUCCCAAAAAUGAGUGGACUAAAGUCAAUGUGCCUAAAAACUGUGCGUUUGGAUUCGAACCUGAUGAAUAUGGAGCUUGCUUUGAUAUCGACGAAUGUGCCACGAAUCGCCACAGCUGUUCUGGUCUAACAGAAGUAUGUAGGAACACCAUCGGAGGCUACACAUGUAACUGCGCCCCAGGGUUCCGACGCGACCUGAUCACCAAGUCCUGUGAAUUCGUCACCACCUCAUCUUCUACCACUUCUACCACACCUUCCCCACAUGUGCCUACUUCUACUAAGAGAUCCUUCUUCUGGGGAUAUCCAGAGUUCCGUGUCACAGCGAGACCUUUCCGUCCCAGAAAUCUCUGCGAUGCAGGAUUCCACCAUAAUUCUAAGACUGGAGAGUGUGAAGACAUUAACGAAUGCACAAACGGACAAGCAAAUUGUGCAGCAGUAGAGAUUUGUAUCAACACUCCUGGAGGGUACCGUUGUGAGUGUCCUCCGAACUGGAGACUGGAUGAGGUCAGGCAUCGAUGUGUGCCUUUGAAAAACAAUGGACAAUUCCCUACUGGAUAUGGAAAUGAACCUGUGUACCCAUCAAUACCUCCAAAUAACGUGCCCACAACUGGCACUAAGUACGUGGACCCUGAGAUAACGCAGGUGGAUGACCGUGGCUCCGUGUUCAGGUGUCCGAAUGGGUACAGACUUGGAGACGACAAUACCUGCGUUGAUAUAAAUGAAUGUCUAACCGGGGAAGCGAAGUGUGGACCUCGACAGAUUUGUACGAAUCUUGCUGGAGGAUACUCCUGCAACUGUCCCCAUGGACAUCGCCUGGUCGGAGACCAUGAGUGUGAAGAUGUCGACGAAUGUGCGCUAGCUGGUAAUGUGCCUGUCUGCUCCCAAAAUGCGGAUUGCGUGAACACGAUUGGUUCCUACCAAUGUAAAUGUCAUAUUGGAUUCAGAUCUGCACCAGUUAACGAUAAGGUUUGUGUCGAUGUGGACGAGUGCAUGGAGUCUCGUCCAGGAUCUCUCUGCCAGCACAGAUGUAACAAUGUAUGGGGCUCCUAUAGAUGUGCCUGCCAUAGGGGAUACAGGCUCAACCCAGACAACAGCACAUGUUCAGACGUGGAUGAGUGCACAGAGUUCAGAUCUAAGAUCCCUUGCGUUGGACGAUGUCUCAACGAGCCGGGAAGCUACCGCUGUGCUUGUCCCUCAGGAUACCGGUUGUCAGAAGAUAAGAGAAGUUGCAUUGACAUUGACGAGUGCGAGACAGGUGAAGCUCUUUGCGCGAAGGGUUCCUACUCGGCCACAUCCAGUGACGUGUGUGUGAACACUCGCGGUAGUUACCGCUGCCAACAUGUCUCCUGUCCAGUUGGCUAUCAGCUUGAGAACAAGCACCGCUGUAACAAAGUGGAGAAAGUCUGUCAGCCUGGAGAUUGGAACUGCGCUCACCAGCCGACGACUAUAUCUUACAACUUCAUCACAUUCGUAUCGAACCUGUACAUACCUGACACUAAGUUGAAACUCUUCACAAUGCGCGGCCCUGUCUGGGCCUACAUCAAGAUGCGAUUUGAAUUGAAGUUAGUCAGUGUCAACGCACCGCCCAGUGUCAAGAGAAAAGCUGAAAUCCACGACUUUUUAUUAACGCAAAAUAACAACGAAGGUUUGACGUCACUAGUGCGACCGCUAGAAGGACCACAGAGUAUAGAACUAGAAAUGUCAAUGGAAUUGUACACUCACGAGCAAUUUGGAGGCACAGCUAUUGCUAAACUAUUCAUAUACGUCAGCGAAUACGAAUUUUAA